AUGAGGCGCAUGUGCACUAGAUGUUUUGCUCACAGGCACCUCCCUCUGCUGAGAUGGCCCCACCACACCCUGCCCUGCCUUCGCAGCAAUGCUGUCAACAUGUUCCCUGCAUCCAUUACUCACUGCCGCGGAAGUAUUAGAGGGCAUCAUAGACUGUGCUGUAGAAGCUGCUGCAGCUGGGCUUCCUUGAGCGGCAUAGCUCUGGGCUUGUCCAGGCAGCGGCAGGCCACUGCCAUACACAGCCUGGCCUGCGGCUGCGUAUGGCUGACUGCCCUGUAUGCGUCAGUGCCUGGGCCGCCACUGCAGGCGGCAGCUGUGGGGACAGCUGUGGCGACCAUUGCGUUGUCCCGCCCAUUGGCCGGGGCGGCGGCGCCGCCAUCCCAGCGACAGGCUGGCACAAGGAGUGCGCAGGCGGACUGCACAGCCCCAGAGCAAUGCUGCCGAGGCCCAUCGGCAGCUGCGGCGAUGCUGGCGCGCUCGCCUGCGGCCCGGCGGGUGGCACCGGAGACUGCAAGGUUGGAUGAGCGGUCAAUGUCAGGCCGGGGCUGGGUGCAAGGCCGGGCGCCGCUGGCUGUGGCGUUGCAGCCGGGGCCGGCGGCGUCACUGAGGCGGCCAGAGAGCCGGCCGCAGAAACACAUCCCAAGUAGGACCAGCCGCUUGCCUUGGCGACCUCCCAAACGCCAGCAGCUGAAAGCAGCUUCUCAAAGCCCUUAUGGGCUUUGCGGGCCUUUGCCGUCCCUCUCGCCAGUGGCAUUGCAAUCUGCGCCUGUGCUGCAAGCUCGCCCUGCCCUGGCUGCUGGCUCUCCGGGAUGCCAUUGGAUGGCUCCGUGCUGUACCUCCCCUGCUCUGCGUCCCCCUCUGCAUCCCCGUCAUUUGACAGGCUCUUCCUCCUUAACCCGCGGCCGCUUGCCGGCGCCGGGAAAUGGCGGGCUGGAUGCAGUGUCGGCUUUGCUUCCACGGCCGCGGCCGCGCCCUCGACCCCGGCCCCUCCCCUGGCCGCGGCCGCCUCGUUUCCUGCCUCUGCCCCUCCCCGAGCUGGGCCGGCCUGCCAUCCCGCUCGCCCUGGUGGCCGGCUCGGACGCCUCCUCGUCUGUGAAGGCGGCUGCAUCCUCCUCCACAUCCUCAUUGUAG